CGUCGAUCGAGCUCAUUCUUUCGUGUGUUUGACCUAAUACGAAUCCACCACCAAGCCCUCGACGGCCGAAUAAUCCGCCUUGAUGGCGAGCGUCCUCAUACCCAUAAUUCCCCUUGAACCCAUCUCUCGUGCCCCGACAUUCUCAUCCACGUUCUCCUAUGCGUCGACUAUGAUGACAGCGACCCGCGCCGCGGCAGUCAUUCCCACCACAUCCAAUUUCGUCCUUUCGCCAACGGCCGGCGGCUCGGCUCGAAGACCAACACCAGAGUCCUCACAAACCAUAGCCUUGGCCAUUGUCGUGCCGCUCAUCGCCCUGAUAGCGUUCAUAUCCGUUAUCGUAUUCCGGAUGUACAGGAGUCGGAAGGAGCGAGAGGAGGCAGCGGCCGCUGAAGCAGCAAGAGCGAAGACGAGAGCGAUCGAGCAGCAGAUUUACGACAUGCAGUCCAUAUCGGAGAAGUACAAUUUGAAGAAUUACCAAGUAACAUCGGAUACGAAAGAGGUGGGAAAUGGAAAGGAUAUAUCAAUAGACAUACCGAUUGAGCUCGAGGCGGAUGAGCCCGAGAAGAGACGGUACCAUGGGCUUUGAUUGUGUUGGGCUGCGUUCUGGUAGCGCUGGGCGAAUGGUGGGGAACCUACGUCUCGACGAUGUUUUCUUUUCUAAACAUUGAAAGAAAUUUUUAAAGUGUCACGCUGAAUAUGGAAGUCCAGGAAAUUCUAUGUUAUGCCUCAUGUCCGCAGUAUGUGGGAGCGAAGUUUGUUGGCCUUCUUAAUGACGGAAGUAUAGUUCGUGCAUGUCGCUGUGGAGAUCGCUUUCUGGGGCAUUAGAUGACCUCUGUGCUUGGUUAUGGCUGAUUUCAGAAGUUUGAGAGAGGG